AUCUGCAGUAACCGCAUCCAGUAGUCAAAAAUUCCCAAACAGGAUACAGAUAAAGUUUCUGAAUUCGAAAAGUUUUUCAAGACUUUGUGGAGAAGAAGAAGAGAUAGUUUGGAGGCAGUUAGUGGUUUCCUUUUUUGGAAAAACCGUUUCAUCCAUCUAAAUUAACUGCUGCCAAGAGUUAAGCUUUGGAAUCUAGGUAUAAAUCGGAGGUUGUGUUGUUGAUUGAUUUGGGUGUCUGGGUUUGAUUGGAUUGGGGUAAAGAUCAGAUCUUGGAAUUUGGGUUUUUCCGGGAAGGCGGAGAUAAUGACUUUGGGGAAAAAGGAUGAAGGGAUAGUGAGGAGCCAUUCUUUUGGGAGGAAAAGGGUGGUUCUGUCAAGUGCUUUACAGAUUGAUGAUUUCAUUUCCGGCACAGAAACAAAGAAGCAUUGCAGGGAGGUUUCGUUUCCCAGUUCUGACAAGUCUCCUCUGGAAUCCUUGCCUCAAGAUGUUCUGAUUAGGAUAAUUUUUGGGGUUGAUCAUGAUGAUUUGAGCAGGCUGUUUCAUGUCUCCAAGACCAUUCGAGAAGUGACAAUGAUCGCUAAGAAGUUGCAUUUUGAGUAUAGUACACCCAGAAAAACCAUGGAUUCUCAAAACCUUAUUGGUUUCGAGGAUUCUAUGGAUUACAAUGAAGUUGAAGCACCAAAUGCUCCAAGACAGACAAGAGUUCCAAAGCUAAGGUUAAGCCAUAAGAAGUUGUCUGGGAUUGCCGUAGCCCUGUUUCAAUGAAAGUGCUGUGAGAAUUGCUGUUUUGGACAAAGGUUGUUUUGCCAAACUUCCACUUGUAAAUGUCACAGAAAUUUCCAGAGGCCCUUCUUCUUCAACAUUCUUGUUGAAGACUGGGUUGUCUGUAAGAAAAAUGAUUUGAUUUAUUAGCCAUUCUGGGCUGCAUUGGCUCUUCCAUUUUCAUGUAUAGCAAAUUUUUUGAGGCAAUGAAAUAAAAAUGCAUUUCUUUUUUCAUUCA